AGAAAAAUAUAGAAAUCCAAUAAGAAAAGCGAUUUAUGACUUGGUAAAUGCGUUGAAUCGUAUAUUUAUCCAAAGUCCAAUGCGACAUCAGAAAAAGAAAGAAACGCGCGCACAGGUUGCCUGCUUCAUUUCUUCCGAAGAAAGACACUAAUCUACCGGAAUUCCAACCAACGACUAUGCCCUGAAUUUUCACCUCCAAAUGUCUCGCCGCCUCCACACGACGGAGCUUGGAUGCAUUGCUGGCGAAGAUUUAUCCGAUCUCGGCGCCGGAAAGGAAGGCUGGCUGGUGGAUAACCCCACCCUCCUUGUUUCCCUCGAUACCCACUCUCUCGCGCUUGCCAACCGUUCCUUGAUCCUCAUCCUCCACUGGUCACAAUCAAUCAGCGGGGCACCCGAUCCGGACGCCCGCCAGGUCGUUAAGAUCCGUCCAGACCUCUCCCCCAUCGAGGCUGAAUACGUCUCCGCCGUCGAGUGGCUCGUCUUUGACGAUGACAUCAGAGCCCUCGCCGUCGGGACCUCUUGCGGCUAUCUUUUGAUCUUCUCUGUGCACGGCUAUCUCAUUCACAGACAGAUUGUAAAUCCCGGAAAGAUUCUUAAGAUAAGAGUACGCGGGACUAAGCAGGAUCUGACACAAGAUACAUCCCCAGAGGAGGUUUGCAUAGUAAUGCCUGGUGUGAUUGCACGUUUUGAAGGAUCUGGUAUUAAGAAUCUGCUGCGCCGGUGGUUUCAAGAAACAGACUCUAAGUUUUGGGAUCAGGAGUUCUAUGAUGCUAAUUCAGAGGAUUAUGGAAAUUCUGCUACGAGCCUUCCUUACCAACUAUGGAAUGUCAGCAAGUAUGGAUUAUGUGCUGAUGCUGCUAUAACUGGUGUCAUGCCCCCACCUUUGAUGGAAAUUCAGUCAAGUCAACGUUACUAUUGUGCCGUCACUAUUGGAGAGGAUGCCGUGAUAUCAGCGUUUAGACUUUCGGUGGACAAGAACAGAUCACUAGUGGGAGCUAUCUUGUCAAAAGUUGUUCCUGCAACAUUUUCAACAAUAGCUUCAUUUUCAAAAUUGAUUUGGCGGAGUGAAGAAAAGCCCACGAAGAAGCCAGAAGCUAAAUCUCAACCAUUUGCUCGAGCCUCUCCCCUAACUUGUUUGAAGGAUCACCCACGGAAGGGUGAGAAGCUCACAUUGUCGCCUAGUGGUACUUUGGCCGCAAUAACCGAUUCACUUGGCCGUAUUUUGCUCUUAGACACUCAGGCACUUGUUGUCGUGCGUUUAUGGAAGGGAUAUCGUGAAGCAAGCUGCUUGUUUGUGGAGAUGCUUGCCCGCAAAGAUAAAGCAGCAGCCUCACGUUGGGCUUAUGACGAGCACUCAAAAAGUGAUUACUGUCUCUGUCUAGCUAUACAUGCACCUCGAAAAGGAAUAGUCGAGGUCUGGCAGAUGAGAACCGGACCACGACUUCUGACCAUUCCAUGUCCAAAAGGCAGUAAAAUACUACAACCAACAUACAGAUUUAGUUCAGCAACAGCAUCUUCAUCAUCUUAUGUACCUCUGCAAGUGUUCUUUCUGAAUGGAGACUCUGGUCAGAUUUCACUUCUCAAUCCAUUCCUUCAUUGAGCUUUACUUUACUUUACUUCUGUAUCUAUCCAUUUGUAUAGGACAUUAAACUUGAAUCUUUGAGUCCCAACAUCCAUUUUUACUUGUU